AUGUAAUUUGUAGCAAUUCCAACCCAUAAAAAGUAGCCACAUCAAAUCUUUCCGUUUAGAAAAGAAAAGAAAAUGUUAAACGAGCUUAUAGAAACCUUUGCUUCCCAACUUAAACAAAACAUCUUCCACAAGUUCGUCAAAUGCUGACCGUCGGAUGACAAGGUUUUCAACCUUUUCCCGUGAUUAAUCAGAUAAAAUACUCCGUCACAAAAUACAAGACAUAAAAAAGUCCGUCCGUCCAAUGACAGAAUACAACUAGUAGCAGAAACCCUAGUUCCAACGGCCAUGGAAAAUCACCGAGAAGAAGCUGGAUUCGAUUCCAAAUAGCCAUAAGAAGAACUCUGAAAUUUUCCGUGCAAUCGAUUUGAUCGAGGGAUAGAAAGAAAACUCUGCAACCUUUGCAAAUGCUCACAAUUUAGCCUCGUAAGAAUAAUAUUUAAGGCAGCAGGUCGCGGGAUCGAAGCCAUGGCCAGCGACGAUGACGAAUUUCGCAACGUAAAUCUGAGCUCACGUUGCGAAUGGCAUCCGGAAACAGUAUCCCGCCUGCUCAACAGCUAUGGCGAAAAAUGCUCCCACGGAAAAGGCUACCUCAAGACCAAAGACUGGGAGGACAUCGUCAAUUACGUCAACAUACAGUGCGAGGGCUCCAAAACCCUAAAAACCAUGAAGCAGUGCAGAGAAAAAGUCGACAGCCUUAAAAGGCGCUACAAGCUGGAGAAAAGAAAGGCCGAGCUCCGGGGAUCGAGUCACGUGGAUUGGUCGUUUUACGAAAAGCUUGAUGAAAUCAUGUGUUGUAUGAAAAAAAACGGCGGCGGAACUUCAACGGCUUUGUCAUCUGAAGGUCACUCGUUCGAGCUCGUGGAGCCCCUGGAUUUUGACGAGGGAUUUGAAAAUGAUAAUAUUCAUCAUCAGAAUUUUUUGAGCUAUGCCCAUCAUAACCGGCUUGAUCUGAUUGUACCGGACAAUCCGGUUGCGGACAAGGGCAAGAGUUUGCUGGAAAAUACGGAUGGACUCUGCGAUGUAGUGCUGAAUGCCGUAGAUUUGCCUUCAAAUAACAAGAGGAGGAAGCCGUCGAAGGACUUUCAGAGAAUGUCCGGGAAGAAACAGAAACGGCCGGUAAAUAGCGAGAAAAAUCCUGUCCAGGCUCUAGCGGAUGCGUUGGUUGGGUUUUCUGAGGUUUACAGCCGUAUGGAAGUCGCCAAAAUAGAGCUUUUUACUAAGAUGAAUUUAGAGCUCGCUAAAUUGCGUAAGAGGAGAAGGAAAGAUAAAAACAGCGGCGAGUCUUCAGGCUUUAGUUCUUGUUCCGCUUAUUCUUCAAGCGCUCCGUCUUCUUCGGAUUCAGAUGGAGAAUAGAAUAAAGCGCAUUUAUGUCUUAGGGUUUAAAGUCCUGUUAGCUGUCGGAGAAGAACUGCUGGGCUUUUUAAGUCAGCGGGGGAGAUUAUUACCGUUUGGCUAAAGUUUCUGUCAAGAUUAACAGAAAAAGGAAAAGAAGGGAGCCAGAAGCUGUCUUUCUGUCUUUUGAGACGCAAAGUUUUAUUUUUUUUGCAGUUCCGUUAGAGGACGGCAAAGUUUGUUGAUCGUUUAGAGACAGAGAUUGAGGAGCUUUAAAUCAAACUAUUCGAGUCGUUUUCUUUCGGGAUUUGAGCGUUGAGCCGGAUUUUUUUGGGGUAUUUGAAGACAUUUCAUGCGUAUCAUCUGAAGGAAGUUCUAAAAACUUGUAACUAGUUUCUUCGGCAAAUAUUCUUUUUCCUAAAUGUUUCGUCAAUUUAAUGGCCUGGUUUACCUCCCUUUGUUUUUAAUAUAUACAGCUUUAAAUCAAACUAUUCGAGUCGUUUUCUUUCGAGAUUUGAGCGUUGAGCCGGAUUUUUUUGGGGUAUUUAAAGACAUUUCAUGCGUAUCAUCUGAAGGAAGUUCUAAAAACUUGUAACUAGUCCAAUUAUCGCUUUCCGUUGUCUUAUGUGAUAAAUCAAAGACCACUAGCAAGUUCCAUAAAGUUUGACUGAGUUUCUUUUAUCUCAGUCUAAUCAGUUUGAGUUCCGUAAGAAUCCGUCAGUUGAUAAAUAUUAGAGUUCUGUCAUUGUGAAUUGGCUGUCCCCGAAGUGUAGUCUUUCCCUGCAAUCACUAAGCAAUGAAUUUUUUGCUAUGUGAGUUGUUGCAUUGCCAUUUCUUUCCCUCCAUAUAUAUAGAGGACAGAAUCUGCAUUGUAUUAUCUCUUUUAUUUUUAUGUUUUCAUAAUGAUUGUUGAACACUUACUUGAUGCUGGAAUGCACCAUCAAAACCAAUUACACUAUUUGGCUUGGAAGCCAUAUCGAAAGGAAAUUUAUUCCGGAAAAUUUCACCUGGCUUUUGUACCUCCCGAAUGGUGUGAAUUAUUGUGCCUGCAUUAAUGCAGAGAGCAUGCACAGUGGGGCUUGAACCCUGGUUAUCUCAUGAGUCUGCUAUUGUUCACUGCAUGCAUUAUAAGAAUAUUUAUUGUAUGUUUGCAGUGUUGCUUGCAGUUGAAUUGCAGAUUCAGCCAAGCUGUUUGUUAAUUGACUUAUCAUAUCUUGGAUUUGCUCUGAGCAGUUAUUAACAAAUGUCAGUUGCUAGUAUAUUGGCAUGGUGAUUUGAUUUCUGUUUA